CAUUUUUUGCAAUUUACCAGCGAAGCCUAAAACAUUUUAGAAAGGACGGUCAUGACUGGGCUAAAAAGAAGGACGGUAAAGCAAUACAGGAAUCUCAUGAGAAACUCAAGGUCGACGGUGUUGACAGGUUAAUCUGUUUGUAUGCAUACGGAGAAAAUGAGAUCAAUUUUCAGAGGCGUAUUUACAAGAUGAUUACAAAGGAACAUGGAGAUAUAGUUAUCUUUCAUUACCGAAAAAUCGAGAAGAGUCAGGAAAACAGGAAAAUUUGGAGACGUGGCGUAGAAGCCAUCAUAGUAACCCCUCAGUCUAUCCAAGAAGCUGGAAAAACUAUACCCACUUUGGUUGUGACGGGGUUUUCCUCUGGCAUUGUUGAUCAUAGCAGUAACCAAUUGUCUUUGGCUCCACAAACUGCAAAUUCAGGCAACCUGAAUAUUCAGGAAAAUGUUGAAUCUGCAGCAGGUUGUUUCUCUGACGUUGUUGAUCAUAGCAGUAAUCAAUUACCUUUGCCUUCACAAACUGCAAAUACAAGCAACCUGAACAUUCAGGAAAAUGUUGAAUCUGCAGCAGGUUGUUCUUCUUGCAUUGCUGAUCAUAGCAGUAACCAAUUGCCUUUGCCUCCACAAACUGCAAGUACAAGUAACCUGAACAUUCAGGAAAAUGUUGAAUCUGCAGCAGGUUGUUCCCCUGACAUUGUUGAUCAUAGCAGUAACCAAUUGCCUUUGCCUCCACAAACUGCAACUACAAGCAACCUGAACAUUCAGGAAAAUGUUGAAUCUGCAGAUUCACAGCAGGAUACAGAUGCAGAAUUCCCUAGCUCUUAUAACUCUAAUUCAUUUACAGAAGUUGACAUGCUACAUCGUGAUUCUGAGAUUGAAAACCAGUCUAUUCCCCAAGAGACUAAUAAUGAUUUCCUCCCCAAUCUUGCAAUACCUGGUAGCUUGACUGAGCGGAUGGAGUAUACGAAACGGUCUUCAGAGAAAAAUAAGAAAAAUCCUAAACGAGGGAUUGAAAUUCUGGGAGAGCAUCCUGCCAACAGGUUUGGUGAAGUUCAUAUGAGUUAUCAACAGAACCCAGAGUUGCAGAAAGGCUGGAAUAAUGGUAAACGCUGCAAGAUGACAAAUACAAGCAAUCUGAGGAAUAUUAAAGCAUCUGCUGCAUCAGGAGGUUGCGUGCCUUUUGAAGUGACUGAGAAAGAUUUUCCCCCAAAACCUGGUAUACCUGUUAUGCCAUGUGAAUUGCUGGAGCUGUUUCCAGAAUUUAGUUUCCCUGAGGAUUCUGGUAAUUAUAUUGGUGAUUAUCCUAGUGGUUCAAUAUUUGAAAGUCUCCUUCUCCCGGAUGAGUGCUUGAUAUCUGUUAUGCCAUUUGAAUGGCCGGAGAUAGACAAUUCGGAGUUGUUUCCAGAAUUUAGUUUCCCUGAGGAUCUUGGUAAUUAUAUUGGUGAUUAUCCUAGUGGUUCAAUAUUUGAAAAGUCUCCCUCUCCUGGAUGAAUGCUUUAUAUCAAAUUAUCCAACAUGAAAACACACGGGGGAACUUGGCUUUUGCUGCAGGACACCAAGAAAUUGGUCAUUAUUUGAAGAAAUAAAUAGAGCUUGCAUUAGCAGCCUUGGAAUUUCACUUUGAUGAGUACUUUCUAUAAAUUAUAUAUUAUAGACAGCUCCUAAAACUGUUUUCUUUAAGUUAUUGUUUGGAUGAAAAGACUAAGCUAUUAAUGUGUUGUUGUAAUAAUUUGUUGGGAUGUGAAAGGUGACUGUAAAACUAUUAUUGACAAGUUUUUACUUCUUUUUGAUC